AAAGAUUCGUUCAUGGACGGAAAAAACGGACUAACCCUUCCCAUCGUCCAAAGAGUGAGUGAAAGACACCUUGGCGCUUGGAAUCUUCCAACAAUUUCUGUCACGAUAAGUCGUUUGUUCGGAUGUUCCCCGCACCCAAAUUGAGUCUUAAAUCUGACGACGGUGGGCGACGAAUGGGAUGCCUCAAUUGCGCGCUUAUUGACGAGACUGUCUUCUUCCCGUCAACUUCACUCCAGCAUCAACACCUGCUCUUCAUAUCUCCUGCCAUUGGCAUUUGGGUAUCUGAUCGGAUGUACUUGCCCAUAGCAUCAUCAGUGAUAUCCAGGAAAUAAGAUGGCCACAACCAACGAACGCCAAUUCACCUAUGACUCGAUCCUUCUUCCAGAUGCCACUACUCACAUCCGCCUACUGGAGCUUUGCCCGGUUCCUGAUAACGAUGACGAGCUCUACUGCAAAUUAUACACUGCGCCCAUCACAGACUUGCCAAGGUACAGCGCGGUGUCAUACGCAUGGGGCAGUAACACCAAAACCCACAGCAUCCGGGUCGUUGACCACGACCGUGCACAAACCUCGACGGAAAAAGGCUUGGAAUACAAACUGGAAUACGUCUCUUCCCUUCCUAUCACGUCGUCCUGGAUCUGUAUAAAUCAAGACGACGACGAAGAAAAGUCAUGUCAGAUUCAACUCAUGAAGCAGAUCUACUCGUCAGCAAAGGAGGUUUAUGCUUGGCUCGGCCUCGACGCCGAUGGCUCCGACGAGGUUAUCCAAGCCUUCUGCCAGGUUGCCGAGUGCAUGUGGGACUCUGGGCUUUUCGGCAAGCACCGGGCCACGAAAUGGUUUCCUGCUCCUCGCGCCAUCUUUUACAACAGGAUAGACACUCCCGAGGUCCAAGCCUUGCUGCGGAAGGUCAUACCGAUAGUUGUCCCGCUGUUGCGGGAGAAGAAGAUCUUGGCUUGGUACAAGAGAAGCUGGUUUUCGCGGAUAUGGACCAUACAGGAGUUUUGUCUCAACCAGUAUACCUUCUUCGUCUGCGGCGACAGGGCGGUCCUGGAUGAAAUAGUGCUACUGGUCUGGGAGCUCUUUCUCAUUCUCCCCGAUUUUCAUCACGACAGAAGAUUCCGGAACGCCUUUUCAGAAAACCAUUCCGAGAUCCUUUCUUUGAUAGAUUCACUGCCAGCAAGCCUGAUCCCACCUCCAAUGCAACACCUGUUUGGAACAAAAGGGUCGUGGAAACGUGGGAAACUUACCUCCCUACGAGAAUUACUCGAAGAGGUAUCCACGCGGCUUGAUCUCGGCGACAACCGCGUCGAUAUUCAUUCAACAAAAUACCGGGACAGAAUCUAUGGCCUGCUGGGUCUAGCGGCCGAUGCCGAAGAGCUAGUAGAUAUUCGGCCAGAUUACAGCAAGACCACCACGACGGCCGAGGUGCUCACACAGGCAGCGCGGAGUAUCAUCAAAAAGGAAGAUAGCGUUUACAUCCUUCGCUUCGCACAGUUCCCCAAAUACAAUGUCGAAGACCCAGACCCAGAAGAUGAAUCCGGCCACCGGCGGCACCCGGAACAACAACUCCCCUCAUGGAUCCCGGACUGGGGAAACGGAACAAAAUACAGCUACCAAUUCCUCGACGGCGUAUUCUCAGCCUGCGGCAAGUUUUCAGACAAAGUUGACCUAAUCCCCACUUCCUCCCCGUCCACUCUCGGCCUUCGGGGCCUGGUGGUCGACAAAAUCGAGGCCGUGGGACGGUUGCCCUGGCGAGCAGAUUGGGGGUUCAAAGAAGAAGGGUACCAUCACUACAUCCUCCAGUAUUUCGCCAUCAUCAAAGACAUGAGGCGUCGUUCGGCAGAGAAGAACGGUGACAUAUACCCCAACGCCUCAAGACGCAACCAAGCAUUAUGGCGCCUGCCCCUCGGCGACUGUUACAGAGGAAGGGCUAGCGCGGAUGACGUUCUCCCGGUCUUUGUGGAGUUGAUUGAUCAUUGCAACUUUUGCUGUGCAAAGGACGAGGAACUACAGCAACGACGGCAGCAACAACAGCAACAACAGCAAAGCGACAACGAUAGCGGCAACGACAACGGCAGCAAGCCAGAACCAGAGCCAGUACCCGGGCUCGACCAGGAAACCUUCGAUUUCAUGGCCGACCGGUGGGAAGAACUUCAAGCCACAGGCUCCUAUCUCCACAACAUGAUGCACAUGGACAGGAAACGUCCGUAUCUCACUGCCAAAAAGGGGUAUCUGGGCAUGGCGCCCGAGCAUGCGCAACCUGGUGACGUGGUGGUCCUUUUGUGUGGGGAUAGCAUACCUUAUGUGCUCAGGCCUGUCGUCGGAGAUGGAGAAAGGGAUGAUGAUAAUAGGUAUACAUUUGUUGGCGAAGCCUAUUGUGAUGGGAUCAUGGAUGGGGAGCUGGAAGAAAAGUUGGCGACAGAAACAAAAAGGGAGGAUUUCUUCCUUGUGUAGGUAGUUAGUGUAGAGGUAGUAGAGUAUAUAAGGGUACUCUUGCUCAGUCAGUGUCAGUCUUGUAAAUACGGUGGGUGGGAGACUGGGAGGGAAGUAAAU